AUGGUUUCCCUCAAGCAGUUGACCCUCAUGGCACCUCUCCUCCUCGGAGUCGUCGCCGCCGCCCCUGCCGCCUCCGACUCCGACAUGGCCGUCCGUGGUGAGUUCGACUCCGCCGAGCUCAUGAUGGAGACCCGCGACGAGGAGGACUUCGAGCUCGAGACCCGCGCCGAGAAGAAGGCCGCCGCCAAGGCUCCCGCCCCCAAGAAGACCGAGGCCAAGAAGACCGAGUCCAAGAAGGAGACCACCAAGGCCGCCUCCAAGAAGACCGAGGGCAAGAAGGAGAAGACCGAGGCCAAGAACGCCAAGGGUGCCAACAAGGAGAAGUCCGUCUCCAAGAAGGAGAAGAACUCCAAGAAGGAGAAGACCGGAACCGAGUCCUCCAAGAAGGAGAAGAACUCCAAGUCCAAGUCCGCCUCCAAGGAGGUCGGCGGCAAGAAGGCCAAGGGCUCCAACAAGGAGAAGUCCGUCUCCCACAAGGAGAAGAACUCCAAGAAGGAGAAGAACACCAAGACCGGCUCCAAGUCUGCUUCCAAGAAGACUGAGGGCAAGAAGGCCGCCUCCAAGAACAAGCACUCCAAGACUGCCAACGGCAAGAAGGCUGUGAAGAACACCAAGAACUCCAAGACUGCCCACGGCAAGAAGGCUGUCAAGGCUGGCAAGAACUCCAAGACCGCCCACGGCAAGAAGGCUGUCAAGGCUGGCAAGAACUCCAAGACUGCUCACGGAAAGAAGGCUGGCUCCAAGAAGGUCGGCAAGAACUCCAAGACUGCUCAUGGCAAGAAGGCCGGUUCCAAGAAGGUCGGCAAGCACUCCAAGACUGCUCACGGCAAGAAGGCUGGCAAGAACUCCAAGACCGCCCACGGCAAGAAGGUCGGCAAGCACACCAAGAACUCCAAGGCUGCUCACGGCAAGAAGACCGCCCACGGCAAGCACGCUUCCAAGACCGCCCAUGGCAAGAAGACCGCCCACGGUAAGAAGACUGCUCACGGCAAGCAUGCCUCCAAGACCGCCCACGGCAAGAAGGCUGCUCACGGCAAGAAGACCGCCAACGGCAAGCACGCCUCCAAGACCGCCCAUGGCAAGAAGACCGCCCACGGAAAGAAGACUGCUCACGGAAAGAAGGCUGGCUCCAAGAACCACGCCUCCAAGGCCACCAGCUCCCACCGCGAGGGCUCCAACCACCGUGAGGGCUCCAACCACCGCUCCAGCAAGUCCAACGGCAGCCGCCGCCAGGGCUCCAACAAGCACUCUGAGGAGUCCGAGUCCACCCACCGCCAGUCUCACUCCGAGUCCCACUCUGAGGAGUCUGACGAGUAA